AUGGAAUCUGUUUUGGUCACAGCCUAGAAAACAGUGUGAGGUUCAUGCUUAUUGUGGCCCGUUUUCCUCCUGUCAAAACUCCUUGCCCUUUUGUGACUGUUUGGAUGGUUUUCAGAAAACAUCAGACGGAGAUUGGAGUCUUGAUGAUUAUUCCGGCGGUUGUACGAGGAAGACGGAAUUGCAGUGUGGAGGAAAAGACAAGUUCAAUUCCUUACCUCAGAUGAAGCCACCAGACAACCCACAAUCUCUAAGCGUUGGGAAUGGUUCCCAUUGUGAAUCUCUUUGUUUGGGAAACUGCUCAUGCACUGCUUAUGCUUAUGAUGUAAGCAAUGGGUGCUCUGUUUGGUUUGGGCAACUCAAUAAUAUGGAAAACGUCACACAAGACAGCGGUGGCGGGACAACCGUCAAUAUAAAACUUUCUGCAUCUGAAUUUCCAAGUGCAAAAAGUAAAGCGGCGACCAUUUGGAUUGGUGCAACUGUAGGAUCUGUUGUUGUCAUGUUGGUUCUGUUUGGGGUUAUUUUCUUCAUUUUCUGGAAACGACGGAGGCAUCUCAUUAGGACCUCGAAGGCGAUGGAGGGUUCACUUGUUGCGUUCUCUUACAGAGACUUGCAAUACUCAACUAAAAACUUCUCGGAGAAAUUGGGGAGUGGAAGUUUUGGUUCUGUUUACAAAGGGACGUUGCCCGAUUCUUUGUCUUCGGUAAUUGCAGUGAAGAAACUGGAAAGCAUAAGUCAAGGGGAGAAGCAGUUCAGGACAGAAGUUAGCACGAUCGGGGCAGUCCAGCAUUUAAACAUAGUUCGUCUUCGCGGGUUCUGCUCUGAAGGGAAUAAGAAGCUGUUGGUUUAUGAUUACAUCCCAAACGGCUCCUUGGAUUCAUGCCUCUUUGGUGUAGAAGAAGGACCCAAAUUUCUCGACUGGAAAUCUAGGUACCACAUCGCGUUGGGGAUAGCAAGAGGAUUGAGUUAUCUGCAUGAGAAGUGCCGGGAUUACAUCAUACACUGCGACAUAAAGCCCGAAAACAUUCUUCUUGAUUCCGAAAUGUGUCCUAAAGUUGCAGAUUUCGGUAUGGCAAAGCUGGUGGGGCGCGACUUCAGUAGAGUGCUGACCACAAUGAGAGGAACCAGAGGUUACCUUGCGCCCGAAUGGAUAACCGGAGUGGCCAUCACUCCCAAAGCGGAUGUUUACAGCUAUGGAAUGGUGCUCUUUGAACUCUUAUCCGGAACCCGGAACUCUGACCAUUCCAGAGACGGGAAAGUGAAAUUCUUCCCUUGUUGCGCUGCCCGAGUCAUACUUGAAGGAGGCGAUGUUCUCUGCCUGGUUGAUCCGAAGCUUGAUAGAGUUGCAGAUCCAGAAGAGGUUUCCAGAAUAUGCAGCGUUGCUUUCUGGUGCAUCCAAGAUGAUGAGAACCAAAGGCCAUCAAUGGGUGCGGUGGUUCAGAUUCUUGAAGGGGUUUUGGAUGUGAAGAUGCCACCGGUCCCUCGUUCUCUUCAGGUUUUUGCUGAUGAUGAUAGUGUCGGACAGCCCAUUGUUUACUUCACCGAAUCGUUGUCUUCCGGGCAAAGCCAAAGCAGUUUACAAACUCACACCAAGGCUUCUACGAAUGCUUUUUUUUCUCAGCCCAAAAGUGGCACUUCUUCAACUUGAUAGAACUAUAGCCCUCUCAUAUGAUUUUUUCUUCUUACUCUCCUUCUGGGCAUGUACCAAAAAUAUAUUCCUCUUUCCUGUUUUUGGAAGGGUUUGUGUGCCUACUAUUAUUUCUAUUUUCUAAUCAGUGGAUGGAUUGGUUCAGUAAAUCACUAAUAGCACUAUCAAUUCAUUUAGUUCUUUUUCUUGAAUUAUACUCAUAUGUGUAGCAGUGUGGCCUGUAUUUAUCUUUAUAGAUUUUGAUGCAUC